AUGGCGGGCAUGACCUUCCUUGGGGUCGCCACUGCUGCAGGCUCAGGUCCUCCACAGACCAGAAGAGGAGCCGACAGGACGAUCAUCUCUCCAGUGUUAACCUGCUGCGCUGACACAGCCGACCUCACGUCUGCCCCACUCCUCAGUCGACACCAAAUCAACCUGUCCACGAUGUCUGCCAUCGUUUUCUUUAACCUGGAGACCACUGAUUUAGACACUGAAAGGUGCCACAUCAUCCAGUUGGCUGCAGUCUGUGCAGACAAAAAAAUAAACUUCUACUGUGUCCCCUGGCGCUCCAUCUCUGAAAGAGCCACAGAGGUGACGGGGCUCACCGACCACGAUGAUGAGCUGUAUCUCAACGGGAGACCUUUGGACACUGUUGCUGUUUAUUACGCUCUUACCUCCUUCAUCAACUUCCUGCGCUCCUGUCGCAGAGGCUACCCACGCCGCCCUGUUCUGCUGGCGGCCCACAAUGCAAAGCGUUUUUUUGCACCCAUACUCACCAGGUUGCUGAAAAAGUUCGGCCUCUGGUAUCAGUUCAAGUGGUUAGUUUCUGGUUUUGUGGAUACCCUUCCAUUAAGCAUGAAACUUUAUCCUAAUCUGUCAAGCUAUUCACGGAAGUUUCUGGCCGACCACUUCCUGGGAAAGGCGUACAAACUCAAUAAUGCACUGGAGGGCGCCUUGAUACUGCAACAGCUGUUCAUCAAAUGGGAUCAGCAGAAUGAUGGGAUCAAUCUCGAUCAUUUCACCUCUCCCCCAAAGUAUUUUGAAGAGCUUAGGAAAAAAAAAAGACUGGCAGAAUAAACAGAAUAUUUUGGAGGGGGGGGGGGUACAUGACGAGAACAGACUGAUAUUUUAGGAAAAACAUCAAAACGACAGUUAGACUGAAUUUGUUGUGAUUGGAUGAUGCAUGUUACACCCAAAAUCAAGUCCUUUUUACACAGAGAUGAUGUUAAGAAGUUUCUUCUUUAUGCCGCCUUUGCAUUUUUACAGGGGACCAAACAUCAGUGGCAUCAUGCUGCUCCAGUGUGUGACUUCAGAAGUAACGCCAUGGCUACAGUGUGUGGUGAGCAGUGCGCAACAGCUAACUCGCUGAGCUGCCUGCUGUUGUAACCACUGUAUUUUCACAACGAAAGGCAGAUACUCCACUCACUAAUGAAGCCAUGCCAGCCACUGCAUUGUCGACAAAAUGGUCCUGCAAAUGUUUCACAGUUUUGCACUUUUGGUCAACAACUGAAGGGAUUCUGUAGCCAGAAAUA